CUUCAUUGUUUACAUUCCAGAGUACGGCUGAUGCAAGUUGUAUCCACUGAUUAGCCAACUGACCAAUCAAAUCCGUUCCCGGGGUAAUGUGACGAAUGCGCAUGCGUAUUAUCAUUCCGCGGGUAAACUCAAAAAUCUUACCGCGGAAAGUUAGACCACUCCCCCCUUUUAGCACACCUGAUCGCCGCUUUUUUCAACAAGCUGGUUCUCCUCAAAAGCUCGCUCUCAGUCCAGUUCUCACCUCAGACGUGAAUCGUACUUCUCCCGGUCUCGAUCAUCUUACCGCUGAAACCUCUCCUUAUCUCUCGUGACGUGUCCUUGUUGAACAGAGAUGGAAGUACCGACGAGACGUCGAACAACCACCAGGGUCGUCUUGUCUAGGAGACGGCCUAGGUCUACGUCAGAGGAGCAGUCGAGAAAGAAGCGCCACACAGGACAAGCAAAGAAGGAAAACGUCUUGGCUCUCAGUCUUCGUCACCAGCAGACCUCGGUCAAGAUGCAGGACGUCAGAAUCGGCCUCCAGCGGAUCCCACCGACCUCGCUCCUGGUGAGCGCCGCCACGACGGCCAAGGAAAACGUCGGGAGCGUCGCCGGGAAGGCGUGGAGCUCCCAGCAGACGUCCGCAGCGGGACAGAGCUCGGAGGGUCCCGCCGCUGAGGCCGCCAGCGAGCUGAUGGAGGUCACCCCGCCCGCGUCUCAGCUGGGCGAAGAGGAGGAGGGGGAGGGUGGCGGAAGAGAGACGAGCGGAGCGGGUGGUCCUCUUCCGCAGUUGAGUUGGGCCAACCCGAGGGAGCUUUGGACAGAGAUGCGAGCCAAGGACGUGUGUCAGACUGCGCCAGAGGAGGAACUGCAGAGCCGACAUCCAGGAAUUCUCCCCACAAUGAGGACCAUCCUCUUCGACUGGCUCAUGGAGGUGUGUGAGGAGUAUAAACUGCACAGGGAGACGUACUACUUGACAGUCGACCUCCACGAUCGGUUCCUGGACUCUUGGAGGGAGAUACAGAAAGAGCACCUACAGGCCAUCGGGAUAACUUGCCUCUUCAUCGCCUCAAAAAUAGAGGAGAUCUACCCGCCGAAAGUGACAGAGUUUGCCUUUGUGACAGACGGUGCUUGCUGCGUAGCUGACAUUCUGGACAUGGAACUUCUCAUAUGCAAAGCCCUCAACUGGAGGCUCAACCAUUACAUCGUUACAGUCAACACAUGGGCAAAUGCCUACAUGCAGAUCAGCAGCCAUCGUCUGAGACCACCAGGGGUCAAAACCAGAGAGUUUGAGUACCCAGCCUAUUCCCCUCUAGAAUUCAUCCGGGUUAUCCAGUUGUUGGAUAUGUGUACAUUGGAUCUGUCCAGUCGGACAUUUGGUACCAGUGUCCUCGCUGCCUCGGCCCUCUACCUGGCCUCAGAGAGAAGCCGACAGCAUUUUACUGCCAUAACAGGUCUGUUGCUGGAGGAGGUGAACGAUUGUGUUCAGUGGAUGUACCCGUUUGCUCUGGUCAUUUCAAGAGAUGGUCCUGUAGCCCAGAGAGCAUUUCCAGGGGUGAGCUUUGUUUAUGAGAUCGGGGAACAUGUGCCCAACUCUCUCCCCCCUCUCUCCUUAGGUUACUCCUCAAGAUCUCCACAAUAUUCAGACUCAUUCAGUCACAAUAGCAAUGCUGGACGAUGCAUUAGAACUAAGACACUCACAGUUAUCUGCGGCAGCUGUCCCGGGCAUGGUCCAUCCAGACUGUUCCGUGUUGCUCACCCCUCCUCGCAGCGAGCGACGAUGUCUAGCUCCAAUUAAUGCCUCCUCCACCUACUAGCAAUAUUUCCCCGCCCUCUCAGAGUGUGGGUUUUAAUCCGUUUCACUUGCUGUUUGCGUGCAGUUAGCCUUUCUUUUCUCCUUUGUGAAUUUUGUACCAUUUGUUUCUGUAUAUUUAGUUUUCGUACCUUUUCCCUUCCUUACCCAUUGUUGAAUUCUGCACCAUUUCGUUUUUUUUAUAAUUUUUUUUUAGACCUGCUCGUUCACGACCCCACCAGGCAGGUGUUGUGGUUUUGUGUUUCGUGUUCUUUGUCAUUUCACUGUACUA